ACGGGAGCAGUUUCAUGGCCUCGGGUCUAUGUACUGCAGAGGAGCAGCUGCUGUGAUCCUCACGUAUGAUGUGAACAGCCUCCAAAGCCUGACAGAGCUGGAAGAAAGAUUCUUGGCACUGACGGACAGUGCGAGUGCUGACUGCAUUUUUGCUAUUGUUGGAAAUAAAGUUGACCUCUCCGAUGACUCUGCUUUACCACCGGAUGAAAGUAGACCUGAGAAGUCUGUUGCUAGCUGUGGCUCGAAGGUGCGAAAGCAGGUCUGUGCAGAGGAUGCGAUUGCGCUCUAUAAAAAGAUACUGAAAUACAAAAUGCUAGAUGAGAAGGAUGUUCCAGCAGCUGAGAAAAUGUGCUUUGAGACCAGUGCAAAAACAGGAUACAAGGUGGACUACCUCUUUGAAACUGUGUUUGAGAUGGUAGUCCCAAUAAUUGUACGGCAGAAAGCUGAGGGGCCACCGCAAACUGUAGACAUUACCGACUACAAGCCAGCAAAAAGGACGAAGUCUGGUUGUUGUGCCUGAACCACUUGCAUGACAUAAGAAAAGGGGGGGGAAUUGUCCGCUCCAGCAAACUGAGGAGUAACAAGUAUUUGCAGUUCACCAGAAAGGAAAAGUCAAGGAAUAAAUAGAUUAAAAUGGUGUAUGUGGAAAAAAAGCAAAUCUUCUGACCAUUAAAGGUUUCUGGGAAGCUCUGUGUAUGAAAAUGGGAAUGUGAGUAAAAAUUAUGGAGGAAGACUAGCCAGUUUCCAUGGGCUCUGAAGACAAAUGGUGUGUUAGUACAGUUGGUAGCGACAAUCAGUUGAACAGUUUUGAAGGAGUCUGGUUUUUAAUGACUCGUCAUUUCAUGUUGCAUGUAAAUGAUCUGUUUGUGUACUCUCGAUGGCUUUCACGUGAUUAUCCUCUUUCCCCUUGCCAUUCUAACUUUGGAAGAUUGAACACACGGUGCUUUUUUAUUC